UACACAGCCUGCUGUCCGAGGAGCCAGGCCUUACGUUCUGAUUUUCCUCUCUACAAAGAUGCACUCUGUCUAAACUGUGUGGCUGUGUGGCUGGCCAGUAACUAGACUGCUGUACAAGGGGAAAUGUAUUUCAUAAAAGGCCCAAUGUUUGUAGUCUCCUUUGGCUUGCUGUUGAGCUUUGGAAACCCUGAGGUGUGACCAGUUUUCAGCCUUCAAAACUGAGAUGAACUGCCCUUGAGAGGGAGUAGUCAGAGAGGAGACAUGUUCACCCUCUCUCUCCUGAGCCGAGGACAUGGGAAGUUGGUCCAGAACAAACAGAAGUUGGAAGUCUAUUUUGAACCAGAGGACUAUUUGAACUGGAAGUCUCCAGAAGACUACGUCCUUGUCAGCAAAGCCCAGAAUGGGGACAGUGCCAGCCAGCACUCCUGGAACAUCUUUCCCCCUAAGACCUUCAGCACCAGAAAGGGGGCACUGAUCCUCUAUUCAGAAGGGCUAGCUGUGUCAGCAUGGACACCCAGAGAGAGGAGAAGAGGUCCCAGGAAGAAGCCAGACCUUGGACUGCACACACUACAAGACCUCAAAGAAGCCAUCUUGGCAUAUGGAAGGAGAAAGAGGAAGCAGGACAGUGCCUGGCGACCUUACCUCUACUUUCGAAGCAAGCCAGAGAGCCAGAGCCAACGGCAGAUCCAGCCUGGGUUUUCGGCCAAGAGAUACCUCCGAGGCCUUCUGCGGACAUGGCCCCCUGACACCGUGAACCGGCUCCAGUGUGCAGGACACAUCAAGGAUUCUGUGCUGCUCCAGGACAGUCGGCUUGGGAUACCCAAGAAUCUCAGGCCACAACAGGAUCUUUCAGGUGUACCCCCAAAAUACCAUCUCCUACCUGUCAUCCCUUCAUUUUGGAUUCAACAGAGAUCGUCUUAUGCACAAGGUCUGGAUGAAGGGGAAAUUGAUAUCUACAUGGACCAGGGCUCUGUUGCUCAGAACCACAGCAAUCAGGAGACUCCUCUGAUGGCACUCAGGAAGCAGCUAUGGCAGGAAGAUGAAACCCGGGCGGAGGACACGUCGAGAGAGAGCCACCUCCAUGUCCACGCUUCAGAGCAAAGACACAAUGGAAAGAGUCAGCCACCCUCCCGGAAGGUCCUUGGGCGUGCCUCAUUCAGCUACCCUCAGCUUCCUAGUGACAAAUCCCUCUUCAUGUUCUACUGUGGAGCCUUCCCAGACAAUCAACGGAACGUGAAACCCCACAAGGCCAGAGGCAGCUGCUUAUCACGCGAGCCUCCUGUUGAAAGACACUUGUUCCCUCCUCUAGCAUCUGCCAUUGGCUCAGAACAAAAUACCCUUGAGAAAACAAAGAAAAAGAAGGCACCAAGGACUCUGAAAUUGCCUCCUGUUUCAGAAGAACCACCCAGAGUCCUGAAACCCCUGAGGAGCCGACAUAAAGGCAAUGAACCCCCAAUGGAGCUCUUCGUUAUCCCGAUGGAGAUUCAUUUUCAUGCCCCGCAACCCCCCAAAGAAAAGGCCAGAGGAAGAGGUGUUCAGCAUCCUGAGUCAGAACCAGAAGAAGCCGCACCUUUACGGCGGCCUCCCAUGAAGCAUCUGUACUUAGAAAGGCCAAGGGGGAUAACGGUGCAUCUCCCAAUGGACAGCAGCCAGGACACACCCUCACCUCAAGGUAGUUCUUUUCUCCCUCCAGCAUCCCACCAGGCAAGGCACAGAAGGAUCUUCAGGGGAGAGAAAGGAGGCCGCCAGAGAGAAGAUGGUGAUACCCUGGCCCAGAACAUGAAUCAACCCCUGGGUAUCCUACCCAUGGUUAAAGGAAAGAAAAGUCCAGAGAUCCAGAGAGACAUGGAUAGAACCAGGACAUCAGGCUUCAAUAGUCCCACAGGUUGCCCAAAUGAGAGGGCACCGCCAGCAGGACCAGAAGACUCCAGAGAUCCGACACUGAAACACUUCUUGCUGAGUCCGGAUGGUGAAAACAUUUGCCUGACCCUCGCAAGGCUCAUGGGAACAGAGGCGCUUCCACUGGGACAAGCACACGUUGGAGCCGGAGCCAGUCUUCAUGGGAAUCUUUGUGAAACCUCCUCACGUUUGGCUCAAGCAGCACAGAGUCAGGAAGCCCCACAGUCCUUGGAGGCGGCAGCUCAGAAGACGGGAGAGCCUCAAAGUUGUAUAAAUAAAGGGCUGAUAUGUUCAAACGAAAAAGAAUUUUAUACACGCAAGCUGCACAUCGACAUGACGCCGUUCCUGAAGGAACGUGGAGAUGAACUUCACUCUCAUGAAGAACCAGGAGGACCCCUCAAAGGAAACGCUGAAGGCAGCCAAGGCAGUCAUGUUCAAGAAAUUCUCAAGAGGUCCUAUUGUCAUGGAGAUACCUCAGACCCAGAACCAAGGAAGGAGACCCUUGGCCCCCUCAGUACUUCCCUGGCUGAGUACAAGCAGCCCUUUGAGGCUGACACCUUAAAGAACAUGGACAGAGAUUACAAUGUGCACCACCCACACAGGGGACCUAUAGAACAUGAGCCUGCAUUCCCAAAGAAGCUGGGAUCUGAAACUCUAUCUCUUCUUCCAAGAAAAAAGAAGAAAAGGAGAUCAAAACUGCUCAACCAGAAGACUCUAAUGGCCAUCAAUCACGGAAGGGAUUUGGUUAAGAAGGCUAAGAGGAAGAAAAGAACCAAGACACACCAGGCCAAAGCUCCCAAGAAAAAGAGGGAAGGAAGGGGCCUGGGGCAAGCAGAGGCUGCUGGAGGAAAGCCAAAGCGUUCAAAAACUAAAAAGAAAUCAGAGCUAAUUCCAAAAGAAAAGAAACUGGGAAACAAAAUGAAAAGGACGCAUAAAGAGAGGACUAUGGAGAUGGCAGCAGGUCUGAGCAAGUCAGACAUCACCGACUCCAAGGAAGCAGGUGGCACCUCACGUCAAGGGCUCCUCCGCUCACGCUCUGCAGCUGGACAACUCCGCUCACGCUCUGCCGCUAAGCAGUUUUCUCUUGAACUCGAUGCUCUGGAUAGUCAGGUUGCUAUAGAUGGAAGAUUAUCACCCACCCAGAACACAGAUAUCACUAGUGACAUGGAAUCUGAAGAGGAGAGAGGCCAUGGAGACCCUUCUAAGGCCCUCCAGGAUAAGAAGCAGCAGGAGAAGGCUUCUCGGGACAAAAUUCGAAUAGAGAUGGCAGAGAUGAGGUGGCUGGAGGUGGAAAAGAAGAGAAGGGAACAGGAGGAGCUGAUUCGGCUCCAUCACGAGCAGCUGGAGAAAGCAGAGAAAAUGAAGGAGGACCUGGAGCUGGAGCAGCAAAGACGCACCGAGGAGAUCCGCCUGAGAAAGCAGAGACUGGAGGAGGAGCGGCAGCAGCAGGAGGAAGCAGAGAGAAAACGGAGGCUGCAGUUGCAGGCAGCCCGGGAGAGAGCACGGCAGCAGCAAGAGGAGCUCCGCAGGAAACUGCAAGAAAUACAGAGAAAAAAGCAGCAGCAGGAGACGGAGAGGGCUGAGGCAGAGAAGCAAAGGCAGAAGGAACUGGAGAUGCAGUUAGCAGAAGAGCAGAAACGCCUGAUGGAAAUGGCUGAGGAAGAACGGUUGGAGUACCAGCGGCAGAAACAAGCCGCAGAAGAGAAAGCGAGGCAGGAGGCUGAGGAAAGGAGGAAACAGGAAGAGGAAGCAGCAAAGCUAGCUCUGGAAGAAGCCACAAAACUAGCCCAGGAGCAAAUCAGGCAAAAAGCUGCUUUGGACAAACACCUUCAUUUUCAUCAAGAACUCUCUAAAGAAGCCAAUGGUCUACAGUGGACACAGAACAUUUCCAGACCAUGGGUCUACUCGUAUUUCCAGUCCCUACACAUCCCCAAGCCGUAGGACUAGAAGAAAAAAAAUGUAAGUUGAGAAGUGGUGACACAAAAAAAGCUAUACUUCUAUAAUAAAGCUCUAGCCUGACCUCCGUUAGGCUCAGCCGUACCUAGGACUUUCUUUACCCUGGAACCUCUCUAUUCCCAGCACUCCUGCACUCCACAUAAUGAUCCAAUUAACUUUUCACUUGCCUAAACCAUUUUGUUUUCUUUAGGACUACAUAAGUUCAAAAGCCUUGGUGUCUAAACUACCACUGCAUAGUUCCAGUUGGAAAUACUAAGUCUUAGGAUAUUCUAUAUAUUUCACUGUGUUCAAGAGUUGAAGGUAAAUAAAAAUUGUCAUGCAGUAACUCUGGAUAAGCUAAGAGGAGCUAAUCAUAUAUCCUUCUAUAUGGUAAAACCACAAUUUCAUCCUUUAAAUCUAACACAAACUUCAAAGGCAUGUUCAGAAUUACUUGAUACAAGUUCAGCUGACCAAAAUGAGCUGUGAGGAAAUUCUCUCAAUCCUCAAAGUGCAGAUCUAGAACAGCAUGUUUGAGUAAGGAAGCCACCUGCUAGUGUGUAGCCGUUAAAGCUAAAACAUUGUUCCAUCAUACUAGCCACAGUUAAGCGCUCAAUGGCCAUAUGUAGUUGCUGGGGACUACAUCUGCAAAGAAAAGAACUAUUUCAUCACCUCAGAAAUUCCAUCAUUAUUUUGAUCCUUGAGAACAAAGGAGAUUUUAUUCCCAACUGUGCUUUGAAGAACCUACUCAUAAAACUCUAUAAUCAUCCUAUCAGAAGUCUCAAGUCAUUUAACAACUCUUUUAAUGUCUAAUAAUCAUCUCUUUUAACAAAGCAUCACAGGAUGCUCAUUAAUAGAUUGUUAGAAAUAAAAUAUAAAAAGAUAUUAAACUAA